AUGGCUAAAAUCCCUCUUAGAAAUCUGCUCUCUCUAAUCCAAAAACGCUUCCUUCAAACCAACCCAACCCCCUCUGCUGCUUCAAAACCGCCACCUUUAAAAUCCGCCCUUUUAACCUCCCCAAACAGCUCUCCAAAAUCCGCGUCCGUCCUUAACUGUUUGAAAUCUUAUGGAUUCGAGACUACCCAAAUUGCCACAUUGGUUAAAAAACGCCCUGAAAUCCUCAAUUGCAAUGUUAACACAAAGCUCAAGCCCAAGCUUGAAUAUCUCAUCCAAAAGGGUUUUAUAGGUAAUCUUUUGUCUGAACUCAUUGUAUCGAAUCCUUUAAUUCUUUUUCGAAGCAUGGAUUCUCAUAUUAAGCCAGCUUUUGAGUUUUUAUCCCCUCUUUUGAAUGUUGAGGAACUGUUGGUUGCUAUUAAACGAUCAUUUUCGUGCCUAGAGUUCUCUUGCAAAAGCCAUGACAGAAUGGUUUACGCGGUUAAAACUCUUAAAGAAAUAGGUUUUGAACCAAAACAGCUUAGGUUUAUACGGGCUCUUAGGGUGAUUUGUUCGAUGAGCAAGUCGAAUUGGAUGAAAAAAGUGGAGGUUCUUAUGAGUUUGGGAUGGGAUAAGGAGGAAGUGUUUAAUACUUUUAGGAAAGAUCCUACAUGUUUAACUUAUUCCGAGAAGAGACUUAGCUGUUUAAUGGAUUUUUAUGUGAAUACUAUGAAGCUGGAUGCGAAGACUAUCAUUGCAUGCCCGAGCUUGCUUAACUAUUCAGUCGAUAAAAGGAUUAUUCCAAGGUAUAAAGUUUUGAAGGUUUUGAGGUCGAUGAAGCUGAUCAAAGAGGACAAGAAGAUUGUUUGGGCAAUACCACUUUCUGAAAAGAAAUUUUUGAAGGAAUACAUUACUAAGCAUAGGGACAAAGUUCCAGGUUUGUUGGAUAUGUACCAGCAUGCGGCUAAGCAAAGAAAAACAACCAAAGGCAAGAAUGAGAAAUUUGAUCCCAAAUCAGCAAGUUUGACCCCUGUAGUGUAGUUCAUAAUCUACCUAGACAUUCCUUUUGACUGGUUCGUAAUGUAUUAUGGUGCUGUCAGUUUGAUCGCUUAGUAUCGUCUAUGUCGCCAUUAGCAUUUUAUUUUUCUUGAUAUUAGUUUGCUUAUGGUCAUUUUAUUUUGUUGUUUAUUAUAAUCUGUCUACAGGCAACUCUUUGCUUUAUUUUAAAAUUUUGCUUUGAGUGGAAUUCCUUUGGGUAUCCUUGAUAGCUUGAAAAGCUCAUAAUAGUUUAGCUUCAUAUCUUACCAGGGAUUGAAAUGAAUUAUGUUUAGGAAUGGGAACUUUUAUUUUGAGAAAACUUAGGUCAUGUUUGGCUUCAAAGUAUUUUUUUUCCUUUUGCAAAUUUUCAAUAUUUACUCUAAAGUGUCUUUUGAUGAGAUACAUAUUCGUUUUCAUUUUUCAGUGUCGGAAGCCUGCGAUUUCCAGUUUUCUAGCAAAUUGGGAAACUCUUAAAAAAUGCUUCUAAAAUGGUUCCAAUUCUUCUUCUGAAAAACAUGGAAAAGAAUCCAUUUAUUAUUCUUCUAACUGGUGUCAGACUGUCAGCUCGAAAAUCUUAAUCUCCUCUGUAGUAUUUGUUACAAUGUCUCCUCUUCCGUACUAAGCUAGUGGCUGUAUUGUUGAUCUGUCUUGAAAUUUAAGACAAGGAAAGACAAGUCUAGUGUUUCCAUCACUUGAAAAUCCUGGAUGUUAAAUGGAACUAACUGGA